GACAUGCCUUCCUCCUCUUCCCCCAUCCUGAUACGCAGCGACACCGAGAGCGACGACGACGACGCUGCCGCCCUCUCGAUGCCCGCCGCCGAGUGCUUCGCUUCGUCCCUGCGCACCCAGGCCGAGGUCGACGCCCUCUGCGAGAAGCACGGCGUUCCAAGGGAGUUCGGGGCGACACCUGCCGGGGACAGGCGCGCGUGCACGCCGCCGCCGCCGGGGAGCGUCUGCGUGUACGCGCACGCGCUGGAGACGGGUCUGCGGUUCCCGCUUCACCCCUUCUUCUCGGAGGUGCUCUCCCACUUCGGCGUCGCGCCGGGCCAGCUGACGCCCAACGGCUGGCGCGUCUUGGUGGGCUUCGUCGUGCUCUGCCACACCACCGACGUGCCGCCGUCGCUCGCCGUGUUCCGGCACUUUUUCGCUCUCAGUAGGAAGGGCUGGUGCUUCUUCCGGUGCAAACAAGGCGUCGGAGCGCUCUUCACUGGCAUUAAGGGUCCCAAAUCCGGGAAAAAGUGGAAAAGGGGCUUCUUCUUCCUGAGCUCGCCGGUGCCAUGGUCGUGCCCGGUGCGCUGGUACGAGGAGCCGCCGUGCAAGAUCUCCACCAAAUGUCCGGUGCUAUCGAGCCAGGAUAGCAAAUCGGUGGCAAAGCUAGCACACACAUACGGCGCGGGAGUUGAUCUCCGGGCUUACCUCUCGGAGGCCGAUCUUGGCGCAGCCUUCUCCUCUCACCUGGCGGGGACAUCACCACCACCGCCACUCCAGCCCUCUCCUCCUUCUACUGGUUCCCAAGGGAUGGGUCUACCAGCGGACGAGGCUGUGGCUCUGGCGGAGAAGGUGAAAGCCGAGCCGGUCAGCUGCACGCCGCAGUUGCCUGGCAAGAAGAGGAAACAGGAUGAGGUCGCCAGUGCAAAAGCCGGGCUUUGCCGUUCUGAGCUAGGCACGCCACCUUCUGCCCCGAACCGGCGACACUUGCCCGUGCCCGACACACACGACGGCGCCAGCGCCGACUGGGAGGAAGCGCGGAACGUACUGGAUCGCAUGGUCCCGCCGUGCCGGCAGCGCGCGUUCGCGGUGGCGAAGCCCUCCGACGUCGUCGCGUCGAGCUUCGUAGCAAUUCUGCAGGCCGUGAACCACGUGUCAUACUCCCUGAACCACGCGCUGGAGCUGGAUCAGAAGCAGAGAGCGCAUGAACGCGACAUCGCCGCUUUGGGAGAGCAGCUGGAUGAGGUGAAGGCCGAGUUCGCCGCGGCGAAGCGGGCGAUGGAUGAAGAACGGAAGAACGCCAAGGCCGAGCUCGCCGCGGCGAGGCGGGCGACGGCGGCAGAGGUGGAAGGCGCCAAGACGGCGGCGGUGCAGCAGUUCCUGGGGUCCAAGGAGUACACGCGGCGGGUGGCUGAGCAAGCGCUGCCGGCGUACGAGCGCGGCGCGGAGGACAUGAAGCGCGUUGCGCUCCGGCUGAACCCACGCCUCGACGCCGCCAAGCUGGUCCUGCCGCUGGAUUAG